CUGGCCACACUGUUUUGAUUGUUUUGAUGGGUGCUCGCUAGUGAAAACCUCGUGCCGGCAAACUGUGCAAAAUUCGUUUUACGUAUUAUUUUACCGGUUUCAACAUGAAACAGAAAACAAACAUUCGAGAUUUAUUUAGCUCCGCUGCCGAACGAAACACAUUUCUAAAGAUUUGUGCUCCGAUGGUAAGAUACAGCAAACUAGAGUUUCGCCAUUUGGUACGUUCGUACGGGACCGAUCUAGCUUUUACCAGCAUGAUAAUGGCUGAUUCCUUCUGCAAGAGCGAAAAGGCACGCCUGAAUGAGUUCACCACAAACGAAGAAGACACACCGUUAAUAGCACAAUUUGCUGCCAACAACACAAUCGACUUCCUGUCCGCCAGCGAGAUGGUCUACCCCUACGUCGAUGGCGUUGAUCUCAACUGCGGUUGCCCCCAGCGUUGGGCUAUGGCGGAAGGGUACGGAAGUGCGCUGUUGAAAACUCCUGAACUUAUAGCCGAUAUGCUCGGAACGGUGCGUCGAAACAUGCCCAGCACGUUCAGUGUUUCGGUAAAGGUGCGCUUGCUAUCGAGCACCGACCAUAAACGAACGAUCGAAAUGUGCCGUCAGCUGGAGGCCACCGGCAUAACAUUCCUUACCGUGCACGGUCGCACUGCACCGGAAAUGACGAAGGUUCCGGUCCAUAAGGACGCGCUGCAGGAAAUCAAACAAUCCAUCGGCAUUCCAAUGGUUGCCAAUGGUGAUAUAUUCACGCUGGACGAUGCGGAACAAAUGUACUUGCAAACAAAGUGCGACGGCGUAAUGACAGCCCGUGGCAUACUUUCCAAUCCGGCACUGUUCGCGGGUCACACCACCACCCCGGUGGAGUGUGUCAAGCGAUGGUUAAACAUCUGCCAGCAGGCCGACACCGACAUUACGUACCAGUGCAUGCAUCAUCACUUUUCCUUCAUGACCGAAUCGCUCCUUACGAAACGUUUGCGCUACGAGCUGAACAAUUUGUCGAAGGAAAAGCAGAAAGUGUACGAGUUCAUUCAGACGCACCUACCGCUGGACGGUGUCGUUGAUGACGUUGGGUCCGGAAGGCAGUAUCCGGAAAAGAUAAGCUGUACCUACAGCGAACGAAACUACCGAGAAAGGACAACGGUGGUAAACGGUGGCAGAAAGGACGAUAGCACUGCCGCUAGUACCGGUAGCUUAUAUGACCCCGAAGCGUCGGAAGGUAACUUUUUCCAAAGCAAGCGGGUAGAACUGGACGCAACGACACCGGCCCUGGAUGGGGAUGGCGAGUCGACCGUGGAUGGAGUCGAUUUUAUGGACGGAAGCAGCAUUUUGUUCGACGAGUGAGUAAGUACAAUAAACGAAAACGAUUUUUUGUUGCUCAAU